AUGGGGACAUCAUGGCAUAAUGUGAAUGGGAAGAUUUGGAUUUUUGUGGAUGCAGAAAUUCAAGUAGAAAUAAUGAGAGAUACAGAACAACUGUUAUCCUGUAGAUUCACUCAUUUGGGUGAUGGGCAAGAGUUGGUGCUUACAGUUGUUUAUGCGAGUACUGAUAGAAGUGGGAGAAUAGCUCUAUGGGAGGAUCUAUAUGACAUGUCUUCACACAUCACCAUCCCAUGGCUUGUGGGUGGGGAUUUUAAUGUCAUUACAGAUGACAUUGAGAAAUUUGGGGGUCUUCCUGUACAGUUUGCAGAAACAGAGGAUUUUAGACAAUGUAUAGAUAUUUGCCAACUGAUGGAUCUUGGUUUUACUGGAAGUAUGUUCACAUGGUGGAAUGGGAGAUCGGAUGAGGCUUGUAUAUUUAAAAGACUGGACAGAUGUUUGGGAAAUCAGGCUCUGCAGAAUUGUUUUCCUAAUUUGGAGGUAGAGCAUCUCAUUAAACAAGGUUCUGACCACUCCCCCUUGCUGGUGGGAAGAGCUCUCUCUAAGUGGAGUAGGGACACUUAUGGUGAUAUCUUCAAGCAAAUUGCAACUCUGGAGGAAGUGGUGCAGGUGCAUGAGCAAGAAUUUGAACAGAAUCCUACAGGGCUUAACAGGGAAAGGCUACAAAGGGUACAAGCUGAUCUGAUCAGGUUUUAUGCUAUUGAAGAAAAAUUUUGGAGACAAAAAGCAGGGAUGCUGUGGUUUCAGGAUGGAGAUAGGAACACAAAAUUCUUUCAUGCUCAUGUCAAUGGAAAGAGAACAAAGCUACAAUUACAGAGAAUUCAAGAUCAUACAGGUACAUGGCUGGACACUGAAGAGGAGAUUGCACAGGAAGCAAUCAGAUUUUUCUCAGACCAAUUCAAAGAGGAAAAUAUCCCUACAGAUUUCUCUAUGCUUGAUAAGAUUCCUAAAAUGGUUACAGAAGAACAAAAUCAACAACUCUAUGAAAUGCCAGAUGAAGCAGAGGUGAAAAGAGCAGUUUUUGGUUUAAAUGGAGACAGUGCAGGGGGUCCUGAUGGUUUCACAGGAAGAUUUUUCCAAACUUGUUGGGAAAUUAUUGCAAAUGACUUGGUGACCAUGCAAUCAGGAUUUGUUAAAGGCAGGAGUAUUGUAGAAAACAUUCUGUUGGCUCAGGAAAUUGUACAUGAUAUUAGGAUUAGAGGAAAGCCUGCAAAUGUUGUCAUUAAGCUUGACAUGGAAAAGGCUUAUGACAGAAUUCCUAAAAAGGAUUUUCCAUUCACAUAUUUGGGUGUACCAAUCUACUAUGGGAGAAGAAGGAACAUUCACUACAAGGAGAUAAUAGAAAAGAUUCAGAAUAGACUGAGCUCAUGGACUGGUAAGCUGUUAUCUAUUGGAGGAAGGACAACACUGAUUAAACAUGUUUUACAGAGCAUGCCUAUACACCUACUAUCCGCUUGUGACCCUCCUAGUGCUAUACUUGCUCAGAUUCAUAGAUUAUUUGCUAAGUUCUUUUGGAGCAACUCUGUGGGAAAUUCAAAUUUUGAGUGUGAUCCCACAAUCAUCCUUGUAAAAGAAACUGCAGAAGUGGGGCAAUGGGAUGAACAGUUGCUAAGAAGAAUCCUUCCUGAGGAUCGAGCGGACCAUAUUGUGCAGCACAUUAAUCCACCAAAUGAAAAUGGCCAAGCAGAUAAGGCUUUCUGGAAAUUAGAUUCGAGGGGGAAAUUCACAGUUGGGUCUGCAUUUCAAUUGCUCAGACAAAGAAAAGACCCCAGUAAUUUGUAUAAGCAGAUGUGGAUCAAAGGACUACCAAUAAAGAUAUCUUUUUUUAUGUGGAGAUUUUGGAAGUUCAAGCUACCAUUGGAUGAUAAGUUGAAGAAAUGGGGACACCAAUUCCCUUCCAGAUGCUAUUGUUGUCAACAUCCAAAAGUGGAAGAUACCUCCCAUGUCUUUUUACACUCACCAACAGCUCAAGCCAUCUGGAAGUAUUUUUGUGGACCAGUGGGAAUAAAUACUGAGAAUUUGCAAAGAGGAGCUGUUAGCUGCCUGCAAGUUAUUUCCACAAGCAUUUGGUACUUGAUGCUUGGUAAAGUUUGUUUCGCACCUUUGGAAGCAAUUAGAAGCUUUGACAUUCGAGCUAAGUUCUUGUAA